ACACUUCACGAGUAAUUGUUUGUCGUUCGUCAAGUGAAGUUGUGUUUUCGGGCUGCGCUUCACUCUUAUCUCUCAGUAAAAUAUAAGUGAAAAAAAUAAAGGAAAAGCAGCCAUUUUGGGUUUUCUGAAAAAGUGAAUUUUUCAAGCAAGUUUUUUGCAUUAAACAAUAACUUCAAGUGAAUACUUUAAAAAGCAAAACGGUUUUCCGGUCAUUUUAAUCAAGCUUUGUGUUUGUAGUAAAUUUAUUGAAAUCCAUAUCUACAUCAACCAAAAACACCCCCUCAUCCUCCCACAAACAAUCCAAAUUGUCCAUAAAACUAAAUUAAAUUAAGUAAAUCCUUGCAUUUUUAAAUUAAUUUGAACAACUAUUAUGUGUCCCAGCGCUAAAACAGCCACCAAUAACCAAAACAAAAACACAAUGGCAUUCCGCAAUCAAAAUCGUAACAAUCGCAACUUUGGCGGUGGUAACAACUACGGCCCCAUGGGUGGCAAUCGCGGUAUGGGCGGUGGCAACAACAUGAUGUCUCCUUGGGAGAACCAAAAUUCUGGCGGCGGCUUUGGUGGCGGUAAUAUGCGCCAAGGCGGUGGUGGCGGCGGCGGUGGCCAAAUGAAUGCCCAAGCCAUCAAUUUGGCCAAUAAUUUGCUGAACAAUUUGUUCCGCAAUCAAAAUCCACCUUCCUUGUUGGAUAUGCCCCGUGGCGGAAACAUGAAUCGCGGUGCUCAACGUUCUGGACCGAUGGCCAAUCGUGGUGGUGUUGGCGGCAAUCGUUUAAACAAUCGUCGUGGUCAAGGAAGUUUCCAAAACCGUGCUGGUGCUGGUGCUAAAUCAGCUGCAAAGCCCGGCGCUGGCGGUAUUCGUAAGCAGAAUGCUUUCGAUCGUGCAAAGAAACUUUUGGCUAAAAAUGCCAACAAUAAAAAGAAGGAUUCCGCUUCUGGCGAUAAGAAAACUGAGAGCAAAGAGUCUCCCUACGCCAAUGUACCCAACGACAUGUUCUACUGUCAUCUGUGCAAGAAACACAUGUGGGAUGCCAACUCAUUUGAAAAUCACAUCAAGGGACGCACUCACUUGAUGAUGCGCGAAGGUAUUGAAGAAAGCUAUCGCCUGAAGGCCAACAUGAUUCGUCAGGAGGCCAAGAUUGCUGAACAAUUGAAAUCCAUUGAAUUGGAUCGCUUGAAGCGUAUGGGCAAGAGCAAGCAACGCCAAUUGGAUUACUGUACCAUGUGCGACUUGAACUUCCAUGGCCAUAUCUCGGCCCAUCGCAAGUCAGAGGGUCAUUUGCAGUUGAAGAAGUUCUUGCAUCCCAAGUGUUCGGAGUGUAACAAGGAAUUCGCCACUCGCAUCGAUUACGAUUCUCACUUGCUGUCCGCUGAUCACUUGAUCAAGGCUGCCGAAAAGAACACCAAGGUUGGUGAACGUAAACGUCAAACCUUGCCCAUCCUCACCGAGGAGGAGGAGUUGAAGGAUGUCCGCCCACCCACCAAGAAGAAGAAGAAGGCCGCCGCCAAGAAGACUGAAACUGCCGAAGGCGGUGAAGCCAAGAAGGAGGGCGAAGAAGAGGCCGAAGGUGAAGAAGCCGAGGGCGAGGAUGCCGAAAAGAAGGAAGGUGAAGAGGGUGCCGAUGAGACCAAGGAGGGUGAGGAACUCAACGAGACCCAAGAAGGCGAAGAAGAAGUUACUUUGCCCGUUGAUCCCGAGGAUUGUAUCUUGGAUUUCAAUGAGGGUGAUGAAAUUCCCACUGAAGUCGACAACCGUCUGCCCAAAUACAACUGGACACGCCCAGUGGGUACCGCUCUCAUCACCAAACUCGAAUGCUACGAGUGUUCGUUGUGCGGUAAAUUCUUCGACACCGAGAAGACCGUUGAGGUGCACUCCCGCACCGUCACCCAUCACCGCAACUUCUUGAAGUUCAUCAACGAGAAGGCCAGCGAUACCAAGAUUGCCCAGAAGCGUGCUGCUGCCGCCAUUGAAGAAAGCGAACGCAAGAAGCGCAAGAUCGAGGAGGCUGAGGCCGCUGCCAAUGGUGAGACCACCGAAAAGACCGAAGAGGAAGGUGGUGAGGCCGCCGAAGGUGCCGAGGGAGAAUUGUACGAUCCCUCUGAGGCCACUGGCGACGAUGAAGAUGUUGAGAUGAACGAAAAUGGUGAAGGUGAAGAGGGAGGUGAGGGCGAGGAAAAUGGCGAAGAAAUGGAAGCCCAGGAGGAAGAAGCUCAGGAAGAUGGUGGCGAACAGGAAGCCGAAGCUGAACCUGAGCCAGAACCCGCACCAGAGCCAGUCAAAGAAGCCGCCAAGACACCCGCCAAAACUCCCGCCAAGACAUCUGCACCCUCGACACCAGCCGCCGCUUCUGAAGCCUCACCCGCCAAGAAAGCCACACCCGCAGCACGUGGUGCAGCCGCAGCUGGCGCCAAGGGUACGCCGCGUAAUCGUGGACGUGGUCGCUACAACCGUUAUUAAGGAGUCGUCGGUGUGGUGACCCCCCACCCCCAACACACACAUAUUAUAUAUAAAUUAACAUAACCAUAGAAUAAAAUAAAACAAAAACUUUCCCUUGGACCAGCAGAAAAAUAAUAGGUCCUUGUGAAAGUGUAUUUGACGCGAAUAUUUAUAUUCAGCAAACUAUGAUUUUCAUAAAAUUUUGUCAUUACCAUUGAACGUUUUGCAAAAUAAUUUAUCUACAAUAUUGUAAUUCCUACCCCCCAAACCACUAACAAACAUAAGACCCCCUGGACUGCGACGCUAUAAAAAUAGAACCUGAAAACUAACUCUUAACCUCACUUCCAAAAUGAAAGAAUGAAAGAUGAAUGUAAAAAAAUGAACAAGAGUGUCGUUGUCAAACAUCAGAACAGUAGCGCAGACGUAUUAUUCCUUAAGUUGUAGUAAUUCUAAAUCUGUAACCACGGAAGCCAUUGUAGGGUUCCCCCCAUUUUUAAUGAGAUGGAAAUUUGCUCCCCCCAAUUUUUUUACCUAUACAUAUGCAAAUUAUACUACUAACACUCAAGAAGAAAGAAAGAAAAAACCCAAACAAAAGAAAAUGAGAGAAAAACAAACCCCCUAUUAUUAGAUAAUGAAUAGAAGAUCCAAAAUGAUAAUAAUAAUAAAACACAACAACAAACAUUACAAGAAAAUGUAUUAUUAUUAAUUAUUUCACAUUAUCUGUAACAACUUUUGAUGAAUGAUGACUACUUUGUGGGUGGGAAUUUCAAUGAUGUCCCAUUUUUUUUUAAAUUAAAGAUAUACGGAGUUGGAAAUAUCAACAACAAAAGUGAAUAGAUAUAUAUAGCUACAAAUAGUGUAGGAGGGUAGUAGUAGCUCAUCAUCCUUUUUUUUUUUUUGGAUUCAUUUCCAUUUAAUGACCAUGAUGAUGAUGGGCAAGCUCUCCCAAGUCAUCUCAACAACAUAUAACAAAUGCGUAUAAACAAAUUAUAAUUUACUUUUAAGACUUUAGUUAAACAUUUAAGUAUUGUACUCUACUCUUUGGUGAGAUGAAGGGACAAAAUAUCCCCUUCCAAAUUUGCAAUCGAUCCAAAGAGAUGAAAUAAAAUACACAAAAAAAAGAACAAGAUCAGAAAAAAUUCCCAUGAUAUAGUUUACUAUAGCAUGUUGCAUUGGAAAAACUGGAAACAAAGACAAAUUAACAAAAAAAGAAAAAUAAAUUGAAAAUUUAAAUAAAAACAAAAAAAAAAAAAAAAA